UUGGAGACAGCAGUUGGAAGUUGGCAGGUGGAAAAUCAGGUUGGGAGGGGAGGCUGGAGGAGGAGGCGGAAGACGAGCUGUCUGGAGGGGGGGAGGAGGGAGGGAGGAGAGGAGGAGGAGGCGGAGGAGAACUGAGCGGAGCAUCGAGCCAGAGGGGAGAUGAGUUUGUCUGUCCUCGGCUAAGGCUCCGGCCCGGCCUGGGGAGCUGGGAGCUCGGGUUGGAGCGACACCCGUGGAAGUGGGAGGAGGUGGCUCCGGGACUUUAACCCCUUGUGGGCUCUGCGGCAGGGGAUUUAACCCUUUGUGGAUUCGGCCCCUCGGAGGUAGCGUCAUCGUGUAGUUUUAACCCCUUCGGGGUGGGGUUUAACCCAUUGGACCUAAUCCUCCGCUCCUUGCCCACCGACUCCUCGGCCGUGGGAGCGCUCGGCGGGAGCAGUGAAGCCCACCCCUCUGCACAUUACGUACGGUGCCUGCCGCGCACCCCUUGGACCUGCUAGUUGGCCACGCUGCCUAGCGCUUAACCCUUUGUUGACUGGACUCCCAAGUUGCGACUGGAGUUUGCUGACAGGACGGACGAAAGGCGUCACCGCAGAAAUUGCCGGCCGAAGAGGACGACUUUGUUGGACAUUCGUUGAGAAGAAAGAAAAACCUUUCUCCCUAAGCCAAAAUUUCCCGAACUUCCAAAGGAGGACUCCACUAAGUCAUGGCCGAGCCGCUCUUGACAGAACAUCAACACCAGCCUCCAACUAGCAACUGUACAGGUGCUGCUGUUGUCCGUGAGGAGAACUCCGAGCGCCCCCCAGGCGCGGAGGGACGGGUGCCCAAGGAGGACAGUAGGUGGCAAUCGAGAGCGUCCCCGCAGUCGGAUGGCCGUCCGGGCCAGGAGGGAGACGGGGGCCUGAAGCACCAGCGGCCCCCGCUGCAGACCGGUGCCUGUCCAGAAUCAAGCUGCCUGGAAACGGGCGAGAAGGGCCAGAAUGGGGAGGACUUAUCCACUGGCGGCGCCUCCCCGUCGCCGGAGGGGGAACCCAUGUCGGAGUCCCUCGUGCAGCCGGGUCAUGACUCAGGGGCCACCAAGUUGGAGGCUGCUGCGGCCGGAGGCGAGGAGCCGUGGGGACAGCAGCAGAGACAGCUGGGCAAGAAAAAGCAUCGGAGACGCCCCUCCAAGAAGAAGCGGCACUGGAAGCCCUACUACAAGCUGACGUGGGAGGAGAAAAAGAAGUUCGACGAGAAGCAGAGCCUGCGAGCUUCGCGGGUUCGAGCCGAGAUGUUCGCCAAGGGCCAGCCGGUCGCACCCUAUAACACCACGCAGUUCCUCAUGGAUGACCACGACCAGGAGGAGCCUGAUCUCAAAACCGGCCUCUACCCCAAGCGGGCAGCCGCCAAAUCCGACGACACCAGCGAUGAGGACUUUGUGGAGGAAGCUGGUGAAGAGGACGGAGGCAGCGAUGGCAUGGGCGGGGACGGCAGCGAGUUUCUGCAGCGGGACUUCUCGGAGACGUACGAGCGGUACCACGCCGAGAGCCUGCAGAACAUGAGCAAGCAGGAGCUUAUCAAAGAGUACCUGGAGCUGGAGAAGUGCCUCUCGCGCAAGGAGGACGAAAAUAAUCGGCUGCGGCUGGAAAGCAAGCGGCUGGGUGGCGUCGACGCGCGAGUGCGGGAGCUGGAGCUGGAGCUGGACAGGCUGCGCGCCGAGAACCUCCAGCUGCUGACCGAGAACGAACUGCACCGGCAGCAGGAGCGAGCGCCGCUUGCCAAGUUCGGCGACUAGACUGAAAACUUUUGGGGGGAGGGGGCAAAGGGGACUUUUUACAGUGCUGGAAUGUAACAUUAUAUACAUGUGUAUAUAAGACAGCGGACCUUUUUAUGACACAUAAUCAGAAGAGAAAAUCCCCCUGGCUUUGGUUUGGUAAAUUUAGCUAUGAUGUUGCUUGUGUGCUUUCUCCUGUUCUUUAAUUAUGUGAAACUGAAGGGUUGCUUUUCUUGUUUUCCUCCUUAGACAUUGUUUCUUAAUGUGCAAGUAAUUUGACCAAGUUAUAAUGCAUUUUUCUGUUAAAAAAAAAAUCCCCUCCUUAAGCGGAGCUAUAAGGUGGCCAAAUCUGAGAACCAUUACAUUCAUUCUAGUUAUAAUAAAUUUAAUGUUUGUAAACGUAA